UUACGCAAUCUGCCGAUAUCAAACGGAAAAUUAGAUGUUCUGUAAUUUGUGGCAAAGAUGGGUAAAGUAAUGUCCGUUGUCGGACGCCAGGUGCAACGUUUUAAUGUUGAAAAUCGAGCCCAGAAAGUGAUAUCGCAAACGAAACCCAAACCGGCACCAAAGUACGAAUCGAAUCUGAAAGAUCUCGAGCGUGUGCUGAGAGAGCAUCCGGAUGUUGUUGAAGAACAGAGUCGUAAGAAUGUGCUAUUGGAUGAAAAUUUGCGCCAAGUCUAUGUUACCUCGAAAGAUGUAGCGAUUGACCCGAAAGCUAGUCAAUUGCAAGACCCAGAUAAGCCUCUUCCAAUAAACCGUUCUACCGUAGAAGAGUACGAGUUUGGGCAUCUGGAACCACGUACAGUCACUAAAGGUCGUUGCACACUUCGACAAGCUGUGCAAUUUAUUGCAAACCACCAGACCGAUCCGCAGCAGUGGACCUCGGCGAAAAUAGCAGAGUACUACAGCAUGAAGGAACCUGUAGUCCAAAACAUACUCGAUCAUUUCAAAUCGUUCGAGGUGCAUUUACCCGACAAAAACCUCGAACGGCGUAGAAUACUUACAAGAGCAACGGAAGCCUCAAAACAAAUUGAGUAGACAAUAGAAGCGACCUUAAAACCAACUUUCUACCGUUGCCCAAUGCUUAAACUCCGAAAAUGUGACCAGAAAGCAAUCGCAACUGCUAACAUAGCGUUAAGUUUACCUUCUUAAAAAUAUAGACAUUUAUUGAAAUUUAUCACAGAAUACAUAUUUUGGUAUGACGAAAAUUAUGGCUCAAUGCAAUGGACAAGUAGAUGGAGACACAAGAAAAUGUAAAAUAAGAUAAUGUUAUAAUGAUAUGGAAAUGCGCCAGGGGAAAGGAAGAACCCGUGAUAGCUGGUUACUAGAAAUGAUGUUCAUCCUAACUUUGUUGCUAAUACAAUUCCUCCCAUUCCUAUCUUCCUUACGAAUCCUUUCCCCCUCAUCCCACCCUCAAAUACAGUGAUAUGCUUCCUCUGAAAUGCAUUUUUAGUAGAUCUGUUUCUAUGUUUUCAUA